ACUAGUGAUAAGAGAUCCGAGUCCAUGUUAGCAAGCGGAAGUGGUUUAGUUGACAAGUCGUUUGUUUCGGUAGCAGAGAUGUUUAUUUAUGUUAUUAACGGUGUGUCGAAGUCAACGUGGAAAUUAUAUUACUGUGAAAAAUAUUAUGGUAAAUUUUUCAACGAACAGAGUGUUGUGUUUUGUUAUAAUUCAAGUGAGUUUUGUUGAAGUUUUUAGUAAGAACAUUACCGAUUCGGAGCGAUUCCUUUUGAUAAGAAAUUCGUCUGCAUUUAUCGAUAAGACGUGGUUCUUGAAGAAAUUAUUCCAGUAUAACUUCAUUCUACUCACCGCUCCGCCUAAGUUCGGAAAGUCCAUGAAUAUGCAAAUGAUAAAAGUGUUUUCCGACAUCAAUAAUCGGAGAGAAAACACUGCGAAGAUUUUCAGAACCACUAACAUUUUCAGGGACAGAGACUUUGUGAUAAAUCAUUUAUGUAAAUAUCCAGUAAUAUACUGUAGUUUGAGGCCAAAAAGAGCCAUCGAAACAUUUGGCGACGUUUAUAAUGAAUUGAAAAUGUCAAUUGGCAAUACAUUCUUACAACACGAGUACAUCAUGGAGUCAUCGAAAGUCGAUAAUGAUACAAAAAACAAGUUCUUAGAAUUUAGUACAUUAAAGGUGGAAGAUUGUGAGAUAGGAUUAAAGUUUUUAUCCGAAGCUCUUUUCAUCCAUUACAGCAAGAAAGUAAUUUUACUAAUUGACGAUUACGACUAUUCUAUAACACAGAGUCUGUUUAAUAAAGAAUUAGAUUCUGAAAAAAUAGGUAGGCUGAUAUUUCGUUUGAUCGAUAAUUCAAUAAAUUUGAACGAGUUUUUGGAGAGAGCUGUGGUGAUGGGUUGUGUUUCUUACAAUUUGGGGGUCGAGUACUCGGGUAUAAAUUUGCUUCAACGCUUUAAAUUUAUGGAGACCAAAGACUUCACGCCGUAUUUUGGCUUUACGAGGCGUGAAACAGAACUCCUUUUAUCAAAAUUUGGUUUAGAAAGAUUCAGUGACAAAGUUUUCCAGUGGUACGGUGGUUACUGCUACUUGUACAGUGACUUCUUUAUCUACAAUCCAUUGUCUGUGUUGAAAUUCAUAAAGAUGAGGGAAUUCAACAUUCACUGGAUCUUGAUCAAGAGAAAAGCAGAGCUACUAGAAUACUUCGAGUCAUAUUACCAAUUAAACGAAUUUAUAACCCGAUUGGUCAAAAAUGAAACCGUCACCAUCCAGCUGGUUCCAAGUUUAACAAUUUACGAUGUGGAAAAUCUCAAAAAUGAAAUCCAACCUGCUCGUUUUUCGCAUGAAGAGGACUUUUCAGAAUUUUAUUUAUUCCUCCAAAUACUGAUGGAAAGUGGGUACCUAACUUUUGCAGAGAAACACACGUUACUACCGACCUCCACCAAAGUAAAAUAUCCAAACAUUGAAGUUAAAAAAAUUUUUGAGCAAAUUUUGAAAAGACUGUCUGCUACUUAUCCCGAUAAUUUAUACUAAAUUUAAUUUUACGUAGUGUUCAUUUUUCGGUUUUCAAGAAGCAUAUUAAGUUCUAAGUCUGAGUAAAUACUGAACAGAAUAAUACGCUUUUAUACUAAAAAAUUUAUAUUUUCGUUGUAUAAGCAAAUCUUUUGUUAUGUUCUUGUGAAUAACCUUCUAGAAAGAUGUUUAUAAAGGAAAUAGGAAAACUUGGCCAAAUAAUAGUGAGCACCAUAUAGGUUUGUACGUUCCCGAAGGGGUUGUACUAUGGUUGAUUAUAGUCAUAAAACUUGAAUUUCUUGUUGUCAAAGUCAACCGACUGGAUCAACUCUAUUAGUUGCAUGCCAAUAUCCUCAUACGAUCAAAUCCGGUUAACAGGCCCACAGUUUACUGUUGAGGGUGGUUAGAGUGAAUUAGGUCACUACGAAAUUCGCUCAGAUUAACUAACAAUUUUAGUGUUACGAGAUAUCUAAGUUUUUAGUGUUUUAUAGUGCUGCAUUACACAAUGGUUAUGCAAGCUAAGUCUACUUCAUUAUUUCGUAUAAUAAAGGCAUUUGCUCUUGCAUUAAAUAUACUUUAUGUUCUUUAGGAACUGUGCUUUGAAACAGUG